AUGUUGGAUAUCUUCCGUGGCCUCAAGAACUUCAUCAAGGUCUCCCACGUGCACAUCGACUCCUCGGUGUUCCGCCUCCACUACUCCAUCACGGUGAUGAUCCUGCUGGCCUUCAGCCUCAUCGUCACCACGCGCCAGUACGUCGGGAACCCCAUAGACUGCAUCCACGCCAAGGAGAUCCCGGCGGACGGGAUCAACACCUACUGCUGGAUACACUCCACCUACACCAUCCCCUCGGCCUUCAGCAAGCGGCUCGGGGUGGACGUGGCGCACCCCGGGAUAGAAAAGUCGACGGACGAAGAGGAGAAGCGAUAUGUCAAGUACUACCAGUGGGUGUGUUUCUGCCUCUUCUUCCAGGUAAGGGACUUGUAGUGGUUGUGGUGGAGCCCUCACGUGUUAGGGCGUGUUACGUGUGUGUGUGUGUGUGUGUGUGUGUGUGUGUGUGUGUGUAUCCGCCUCUCGCGUGUUCCGUGUGGUGUUGUCGUGAAGUCAAAGAAAUAUAUUCCGCGUCAGUUGAUAUUUUAACCAGUCAGGCGAUCAAGCAGACUGUUCAUUAUUCUGUCAACAAGCGUGACUGUUGUUAAUCACACCGCCAGCCAGCCAUGAGAGUCAGUUAUCCAGCCACUCGAUUAAUCAUUCAACCACGAGGUCACACAAUUUACCACACAUCCAAUCAUUCAACCAGCCAGUUACCGUCACCAGUUACUCUUCAUUCAAUUCAGUGUCAGCAAGUCAGUCAACCAGUCAUUCAUUGAUCCAGUAUCUGCAUAUCAGUCAACCACUUACCCAUCCACCCAACCAGUCAGCCAGUCUGUCAGCCGUUCAACCUCUCAGUCAGCCAUUCAGGUACCCCUCCACUCAGCCAGCCAUCCGUCCAUUCAUUCAAUCAGUCAGUCAAACACUCGUCCAGGCAAUCAAUUAGUCAGCCAGUAAGUCAGCCAGUCACCCAUUCAAUUAAUUAACCAGCCAAUCCGUUACCCUUCCACCCAAUCGGCCAAGCAGUCAGCCAGUCACUCGUGCGGCCAAUCAGUCAGGCAGUGAGUAGGGUCGGACGCGGUCGUUCCUGCCUGCUGGGUGUCUUCGGGCAGUCUGUGGGUCUGUUAUUGGUUUCCUUUCGGCCGUUCCCGGGAGCUGAACGUACCCCGGGAGGCGGCUGGGGCGGGAUUAAUCUUCAGGGAAAUGGACUCUCCUCUAUAUAUCGUUGCUGAUGCUGCUCUUCCUCUCGCCGGCCCUCUCGGUGGUCACAGGGCUUUCCGGGGGGCACUGGAGGACCAUUCGGGGUGAUGUGUGGGCUGUAGGAGACAUUCGCUUUGCAUAAAUAGAAGGGAGACUGCCCAAAAAUAUUACUGCCCUAGAAUUCGCUGAUGUUGCUGCUUUUCCUCUUUCCUAGCCCUCUUGGUGGCCUUCACGGUGACCAUAGGGCUUUUGGGAGGCUGCAGGGCCGUUCUUGGUGACGUGGAGGC